CUGAUCACUGUAAGAGGCAAACACAUAUAUAAUUGAUUAAUUGAGGCUUAAUUAGGUAGGUAGGAUGCAGGGAAUCAGGUCCAUUGGAGUUGCAGUGAUGAGCAACUAUCACAACAAGAAUAUGAAGUUUGGAGGUGGAAUGCUGGCAGUGAUGAUGAUAAUGAUGAUGGUGAGUGGGGAGAGGCCGUACGGAGGGUGGGGGGCCAAUGGCCUGAGCAUGAACUACUACUACGCCGCCGGGUGUCCCAUGGCGGAGUUUGUCGUUAAGAACACCGUCAAUGCUGCUUUGCAGUCCGAUCCCACACUCGCGGGAGCUCUUCUCCGGAUGCACUUCCACGACUGCUUUAUUCAGGGUUGUGAUGGAAGCAUACUGAUAGAUUCGACAAGCGGCAACACGGCAGAGAAAGAUUCUCCUGCGAAUCUGAGCCUGAGAGGAUACGAAAUCAUCGACGCCGCCAAGGAAGCUCUCGAAAAACAAUGCCCUGGUAUCGUCUCCUGCGCUGACAUCCUCGCCAUGGCUGCUCGAGAUGCAGUUUUCUUUGCUGGAGGGCCGGUGUACGACAUCCCGAACGGAAGGAAAGACGGAAGAAGAUCGAAGAUCGAAGACACGAUAAACCUGCCGGCGCCGACGCUAAACAGCUCGGCGCUGAUCCGAAUGUUCGGUCAGCGCGGCUUCACGGCGCAGCAAAUGGUGGCUCUGUCGGGGGGCCACACGCUGGGGGUGGCGCGUUGCUCGUCGUUCAAGAGCCGGCUGAGCAAGUUCGACGCGGCGAACGACGUCGACCCGACCAUGGACGCGCAGUUCGCCCGGACGCUGUCGAAAACUUGCAGCGCCGGCGGCGACAGCGCGGCGCAGGCGCUGGACUUCAGCCAGAACACUUUCGACAACAACUACUUCAGGGCGCUGCAGAUGAGGGCCGGCGUGCUGUUUUCCGACCAGACGCUGUUCGCCAGCGCCGCCACGCGGGGGUUCGUCAACGGCUACGCCAUGAACCAGGCUCUGUUCUUCUUGGAUUUCCAGCAGGCCAUGGUGAAGAUGGGGACCAUGGAUGUCAAGGAAGGCCCCAAUGGCGAGGUCAGAACCUCCUGCCGCGCCGUCAAUUGAAGAUUGAUCGAUUUGUAUUAUAUGUAUUUACAUGACAUUAAUUAAUUGUUGCACCAAUAAUUGUUGUUGGUAUUUCAUAUGUUUGUGUAAUAAUUCCUUAGACACUUUUACUACUACUACUGCACUAUGGCUUGAAAUUUAAUUUCCUGCGUGUAUGUAUUUGUAGAAUGAACAACUAGUUUCUCUCUCUUUUUUUUUUUUUGGAAUGUAAAAUUAGGUUCGAUGGAAAUUGCAAUAAUUGA